AUGUCAAGCUCGUCCGCGAUCUUAAUAUCUCGCAACAUGCGAAGUCACUCUUCCGUAUGCUCCGCUAUUACAAGGCCAAUCACAACAGACGAGGAGUUCGAACAGGCCUGGAAGUCCCUCAACUACAUCUACGACCUGCCGCUCGAGGACCUUCCACCCUUCGAACCAGCACUGCAAGUCCUCUCCAAAAUCGACACUUUUAAAGCACCCCCAGGUAAAGGCCUGUACGGUCUCGCCAGCGGCGCGGGGGAUGUUCUCAAAUUUAUGAGUUACCCAUCGCUAGUUUGGGUUCCCCAACAUAAGUUCGACUUCAUGGCGGAAAGGUCUCUGGCAGAACGCGUCUCGACGGCGGAGCAGAUGCGGCCUCACAUGGCCGGACUAUUUCAGUGGCUAGCCGAUUACAACUGGCCCCCGUUUACUGGAUGCUACAAACAGCUUUCGAGGUUCCCUGAAGCUACCGUUGGUACUAUCAAGGAGAUGUGUGCCGGUGACCUAAAUGAUGGGGAGUUGGUGGAGCACAUCUUGGAUUUUGUCAUGGACAAAGUGCCAAAGGGUUCGGCUUGGGAGGAGUUAGCACCAGUUGUGCUCUCAUUACAGGAAAAAUCAGCGGCAAAGAUCAAAGAAGAGGACGACGAGUGGAGUGAGCUCUUGAAGCGAGCUACUGAGUGGCUAGAGGAAUAUGAGACGUGGAAGAAAGAAUCAAGGGGUUGA